AAUAAUAACAAUAUUAUUUAUUUAUUCAAAUACCUUUUUUCUAUUUUCAUCAAAUAAAGCAAUGAGACUUCCUCUGGCUGAGUAAAAUGAAUUUGAAGCACUCUCAUCUAAUAAUAAACAGCAUCUCAUUUUCUUCUCUGUAAUGAAAAAAUACAUUAAUUAGUUAAUAUGAAUAAAUUAAUAUAAUUAAAAAUUAUUCAACUUACAGUAUAAUGAGCCAAUAGUGACAAUUGAUUAUAGGAUCUUCCAUUUUUAGAAUUAAUUUGUUGAGCUUUUAAAUACCAUUGUCUUGAUUUUUCAUCAGUAGUUGUUUCAUUAGCUUGUUCUUUGUAUUUUGUUGAAUCACUAAGAAAUAAAAAUAAUUUUUGUGCACUAUUAAGUGCUAAACCAAUAAAACCAAGACAUUUUGAUGGUGAACUUGAUACAUAAGUAUCCAAUUUAAAAUUAUAUCUUUAACGUUCUUUACUUGAUUCUCUACUUUUAUGAUUAUUAUUUUGUCUAUGUCUAUUAUCAUAACGUUCAUUUCUACAAUUAUUAUUAUGAUUAUUUUGAUAUCAUUACUAUUAUUAAUAUUAAAACAAUUAUUUUCGGUAAUAUGUUGAUUAUCAAUUAAUUCACGACUAUUAUCACGUUUGUUAUUAAUUAAUAUACUUGGAUUAUCAUGAUAACUCAUAACUGACGAUAUUUAAUUCACAGAAAAGAUAUUGCCAUUAAAAGGGUUAAAUUUCUUUCUACAUAUAUGGCUUUAAAAAAUAAAGACAUGGAUAUGGUUUUUGUUGAUAAGACGUGGAUAUUCAAACAAGGAUCCAUGAAGACCGAAGAAUGGCAAAAUAAUAAUUCCUUAAGCUGUUCGGUCAAAUCAAUCAAUUUUGGAGCAAGAUACAUUAUUCUCCAUGCAGGUGGAAAAGAAGGUUUUGUUCCAGAAGCUGAUUUAAUGCUAUCCAUCAAUAAAAAACCUGAAAUCGACGACGAUUAUCACAAUGACAUGAACGCCGCAAAAUUCCAACAGUGGUGUACAGAUCAAUUAUUUCGUAACCUGAUGAAACCUACAGUUAUAAUAAUUGAUAAUGCUAGUUAUCAUUCCGUUCAGUACGAAAAGCUGCCCAGUACAAGCUGGACUGUAAACGAAUUAAAGACUUGGUUAAAACAAAGAAAUAUUCCUCCCGUUGACAGUUGCAACAAAGAGCAACUUCUAAACUUGUGUGGUUUAUUAAAAAAAAAUAUAUAAUUGAUGAAUAUGUUGCUCAAAAUACAGAGCACAUGAUUUUAAGACUGCCACCGUAUCAUUGUAAAUAUAAUCCGAUAGAAAUGGCGUGGGGAACCGCAAAAAGGCACUACGACAAACACAUAUUAGUAUUUUCCAUAAGUAUACUGAUAAAAAUGCCAAAAAAGUGUGGACAGUAGCAUUAAAUCAGGUUACACCAGCAGUUUGGAAAAACAUUUGUGCCAAAAUAGUCAGGCAUUAUAAUAGGUAUGUAUUAGGAUCAACCAAAGAACAAAGAAAAAAUGGAGAAGGAAAAUAUGAAGAUCCUUCAACUUCAUCAUCUGAAGAAGAAGUGGCAUCAACAUGUGGUUCUGAUAGUAGUAGUGAAUCAGAAAUAGAUGUUAAAAAAAUCCAAGAAAAUUCUAUUAAAGACAUAAUGAAUGAAUUUGGAAUUAAGCAACUUGAUGAAAAUUCAGAAUACAUAACAUAGCCUCUCUUUGAAAAUGAAUCAGUGAACAUAGAAGUAGAUGUCUCAAUUGAUGAACCUCUAUGUAUUCAUUUAAAUGAAUAUCAGCCUCUUGAGCAAACUAUAGAUUCACAAGCUCAAAUAAAUUGUAAUAAUAAUGAAAUAUCAGCAGCAGAUUUGUCAACUUUAGAAUCAACAAACUGGCUUAAUGAUAAAAUUAUGAAUAAAUAUUUUCAAUUAAUCAUGGAAACAGAUUCAGAUUUAAUUUAUUCAACGAAUUCUUUUUUUUAUAGAAAGCUGGAAAAUUCAAGUUAUGACGAAAUAAAAAGAUGGACUAAAAAGUCAAUAUUUUUUCAAAAAAAUUUAUACUCAUACCUAUGCACUCACGUGACUACUGGGCAGUUUGUAUUUUGAAUAUUGCUUGCAAAAUGAUCUUGUAUUACGACAGUCAAGGUCGUGAAAAUCAAGGAAUUUUAAAUACAAUCUAUCAAUUUGUGGGUAAUGAAUAUCAUGAGAGAAAUAAAAAUUCCACGGUUCCAUUCUCAGGAUGGGUCACUCAGCAUCAAAGAUAUACCUAUGCAAAGAAAUUUUUGGGAUUGUGGAGUUCAUAUUUGCAUGUAUGCAUUAUACGUUUGUAAAAAUUAUACUUACAACUUUACUGAUAAAAAUAUGCCUGCAAUAAGAGCACGAAUAAAGAGUGAAAUACUUGAAAAUAAAAUUCAACUACCUACUCCAGUUAAAAAUACAAUAAUUUUAAAAACAGCUCACAAAAAUGUACUUCUUUAUGAGUCUGCAAAACGUAGCCAAGCCAGUGUUAAAUUUCCUGAAGAUAGAAGAAAUGCUGAAUGCACUACAAUUGCUACUUAUGUGAUUGCAGCAUUAAGUAUUUACGACCAUUCAGCUAUCACUCAGCUAUCACAUAUCAUGAACAGCAUAAUUAUAAAGGGUGAUGAAUAUUAUGUAAAUUGUAGAAAACACUUUCCAAAUAGUCAUCGUUAUCUUGCAUCAGACGAAUUAUUAACACAAAUUAUUAUUGAUCAUAAAUUUAUUGAUGUUGAUAUAAAUCGACUGCCCAUGGAGUGUACUUUCAAUAAGACAUGUGGGAGUGAAUUAUUUUUAACUUUAAAAAAUUGUAUUAAUAUUUACAAAUCAGAUGUAAAAAAAUGGGGUUUCUUAUUUAUGGAUCAUUGGAAAACAGUUGCUUUUACAGUCAAAUCAUUAUCUAGUGGAUUUUUAAAAAAACCAUGUUUCUUUUUAUUUAACUCACAUCGUGUUGAUAGAGACAAUUUGUCAACUAAAAUAUCUAAUUUAAAAGCUGGUUCAUCGAGAUUAUUUUUGUGUCGGACAAUAGAUUCAUUAGAUAAAUUAUUGUUGCUUAACCAUAAUAUGGAUAAUUCAAUAUGGCAAGUUUAUCCAAUUAAAGUUGACAAAAAAUAAAUUUAAUAU